AUGAAGAACGGUCAAAGUUCCGGCUUUAAUCGUGGUAAUAAUGGUGAUAGAAGUGGUAGCCGAGGUGGGAACGGCCAUAACACGAGAGGAACUGGUGGUGGCGGUAGAGGCAGUAGAGGUAAUAGUGGCUAUCGCCGUGAUGGACGUGAAUAUGCUGACCGUAGACGAGGUGAGACUAGCGGAGAUAGUAAUGAUAAUACUUCAAGAACACCAGCGCUUAGAAUUAUGGAAAUAAAGGAAGCACAACAAGAUAUGAAUAUGACUAAUUUUCGUUCUUCCGAAUUAACUUAUAAUGGUAGUGACCGAUUAGUUUUCAUCACCAAUGGUGAACCGAUUAAAAAUGUAUGGAGAAAAUUUUUAAAGAAAGUAAGCCCUUUUGGUCAGGAUGAUGUUAGACUUUUCGUUAGUUCAGCAUUAGUAGCAACGAAUGGUUAUGAUGCGGAAGAAUUCGUAACAGAAUUAGCCAGUACUAAUGGUGGUCUUAAACGAUUAAGAGACAUCAUAAAUUAUCCUUCAAUGUCAUGUGAUGCAGGACUCGAACGAGACGUAUUAUCUUUUCAAUACGUUAUAUUACCUUUAUUGGGGUUAUUAACCAGGACAGCUAUUACCGAAAGUAUUUUGGAAAAAUAUGUUCAUGCAAUAUAUACGAUUGUCUAUAACAAUCUUGACCCUUUCUUUUAUCAAAAUGUCAUGAAAAUGAUGGAAACUUUGGUGCAACGUAAUUCUGUUGUUGACAAUCAAGUUAGUGUGGAAACAUUAUUAGAGCAUGAACAACAUUCGUUUAUUCCAUCUUCUUUAGGAAUAUUUUUCUUGAUAAUCGUCCGACUUCUCGCAGAAUUAUUAAAUCGUUUUAGAGAGGCAUCUAUUAAUAAGACAAUGCAUAACAUUGUUUAUGAUUUACAACGAUUAAAGACCACAUAUCAACAUUCUAUUCAACGGGAACCAUCGUCUACAAUUUCAACAGAUCCGUUGAUUAACAAUUUGGAGACGAAAAAUUAUUUUUUCAUGGUACUAGAUAAAGAAAUGAAAAACCUGAGUAAACUUCUGAAUAAUGGACGUAAUAGUUUAAUGGGUGAACAAUGUCCAGAUAAAGAUGAAUUGCAUUUAAUGCAUUAUAAUGAACUAGCCAGGAAAGCGGCAGCAGAAAGGUCGUAUGAUCCCCCUGGUAAAUUAUCAAAAGAUGGACAAAGACACGAUAAUGACUUUGAAGAUAUUUCAAACAUAUCAAUUAUUCCUACAAAGGAAGAAAUAUUAUGUAAUCGUACACCUUUUUUGCCAUAUUCUCUUCCUGAUGCACCACAUUUUUUACCUGAUGGAGCUGCUAAAUUAUUUGAUACACAAUUUCGCUUGUUAAGGGAAGAUAUGUUAAAUCCUAUUCGUAAUGGUAUAUCAAGCUUCAUUAAUGCAUUAUCGCAAGAUUGGAACUCUUCUAAAGAAUUGCGUAAAAUUUUAAAGGAAGGAGGUAGAUUUAAAUAUAACAAUGGUACGAAUGAAAAAGGUCAUCUGCAAGUAUAUACUCAUUUACAAUUUGCAAAUAUUACUUGUGAUAGGAGAAAGGGAUUUUCUUGUACUUUAAGAUUCACCCCUCCAAAAAUUCGUAAUGCUAAAAAUGAAAAAGAUCGAAAAAUAUUUUGGGAGAAAAGUAAAAGAUUAUUAACUGGUAGUUUAAUUACCUUAUUAUUACCAAAUUCACAAUCAGAUGAAAACAGUACCUCUGCCACUAGUUCGGAUAUGUAUUCAAUUUAUUUUGGAGUGGUGAUAUUAAGAGAUGAGAAGAUUUUAGCCAAAUAUGCUAAAUAUGCCGAUAUUGAUAUCCAUUUUAUUGAUCCAUCCAUUUAUCCUAUCGCAUUCAUGGUUGAAACAACGGGAGUUUAUUUUGAGGCUUACAACUAUGUUCUUAAAACUCUUCAAUCUACAAAUCCCUCGGCUCUCCCUUUUGAAAAAUAUCUUGCGCCCAGUCCUGAUAACUUGGUCGAUAUGAAAGGAAAGAAUAAGGAAGGGUCAAAUAAUAUUAAGGUUGAACCACCAUUAUAUACCAGAGCACCUGGAUUUGAAUUUGAUUUGUCGGUUUUAUGUACGAAUGAUGACCAAAUCUCAAAUUUGAAAUUAAAUGUCGCCGAUUCAAGUAGUCAUGAUGAAGUGACAAAAAAUCUUACUCGACAUAGUAAAUUAGAUGAAACUCAAGCGAAGGCAUUGGUAUCCUCUUUAACACGCGAGAUUGCUUUAAUCGAAGGUCCACCCGGCACCGGAAAAACGGUUGUUGGUGUUGAAAUAAUGAAAGUAUUGUUAGCCGAAGAAAAUCGAAAAGCAAAAAUUGGUCCUAUCCUCACUAUAUGCUUUACCAAUCAUGCUCUUGAUCAAUUCUUGGAACAUUUGCUUGAUGAAAAGAUAACAAAUAUUGUUAGAUUAGGUUCACGAACAAAAUCUGAAAAAAUUAAAGGGUUUAGCUUAGAAGAAGUCUGUAAAAAUCAUAUUCGAAAUGGGAAGCAAUCAUAUUUCAUAUCAAAAUUGCAUAGAUCAUUAGAAGAAAUUGAACAAGAAGCUACCGAAGUAAGAAAUAUUUUACACAAAAGGUGGUUGAAAUGGGCCGAUGUACAAGAAUAUCUGAUGACCGAAGAAAAAAUGUUUUAUAGUAAAUUUCAUCGCGGACGUGAUGAUGAUUUACCUAAUUGGGUUUUGGAAACUAAUGGUGAAUUUAGACUUGUUCGAAAUAAACGGAAUAAGAGAAAUAUGACUAAAUUCGAGAAAUGGAUAAGCGGAGAUGAUUUGGAAGUAAUAAAAAAGAGAAAAGAAAUUUUGUCGAAACCUCAAAGAAAAAAGAAGAAGCGUAAUAAUCAUAAUCGAUAUGGUGCGUUAAGGGAAAGUGAAGAAAGUGAAGAGAACACGACUGAUGUUGAUGGAUUACAAACCGAUUAUGAGACUAUACAAUGGAUCAAAAGUUACAAAGAACCGAAAACAAAUCGUCCUUUAAAUGUAUUAUUAAAUAAUUAUUCAAUUUGGAAUAUGUCAAGGACAGAAAGAAAAAGGCUUCAUGAUCAUUGGCGUACUAAGAUUCAUCAAGAAUUUAUAGUAAACCUAUCAAAUUUACAAAGAAGACAUGAUGAAAAACGUAAAGAAAUGUGCGAUAUUUAUGAUGAAGGAAGUCGUCGAGCGUUAUUGAGUAGUGACGUUAUUGGUAUGACCACAAAUGGCGCAGCCAAAUUUCAAAAUCUAAUUAGAUCCAUUGGACCUAGAAUUAUCAUUUGCGAAGAAGCUGGGGAGGUGCUUGAAGCACAUAUCCUUAGCGCAUUGACUCCAUCGACUCAACAUAUAAUAUUGAUCGGUGAUCCUAAUCAACUUCGUCCGAAACUCGCCACUUAUUCUCUUAGUAUGGAUUCAUUAUUAGGAAAAAAUUAUCAACUAGAUAAAUCGUUAUUUGAAAGAUUGAUUCGAGGUGAUAAAGCGGUUAAGUUAGAAAAAGCUCAAUUAUUGACUCAGAGACGUAUGAGGAAGGAAGAAAUUUCCGAUUUAAUUAGAUAUACCCUUUAUCGAAAUGGCGAGAAUACCGCCGUUUAUCGAAAUUUAAUAGAUGGCGAGAAUACUGCAAAAUAUCCAAAUAUACGCGGCGCUCAACAUAAUGUUUAUUUUAUUGAUCAUAGACGUCCAGAAGAUGAUUCCGGUGAUGAAUUUGCAAUGCAAUCUCAUGCGAAUACUUAUGAAGUUCAAAUGGUGGUGGAGAUGGUUAAAUAUUUCGUUAGGAACGGAUACAAUAAACCUGAUGAUAUAGCCGUACUUACUCCUUAUUUGGGGCAAAUGAUUAAAAUCCGAGACGCUUUAGCUGAAUCAUUUGUUGUUACUUUAAGAACUGUUGAUAAUUUCCAAGGUGAAGAAGCCAACAUAGUCAUCGUUUCUUUAGUUCGUAAUUACUCCGAAUCUGGUAAUGAUUCUAUUGGAUUCUUGAAAAGUCCCAAUAGAAGUAAUGUAUUGUUGUCACGUGCUCGACAAGGAAUGUUUCUCAUCGGUAACUCUGAACUAAUGGCAUCAAAAUCUGAUAUGUGGGCUCGAGUAAUUGAAAUAUUACGUAAGCGAAAUCAAGUUGGGGAUGGGAUGCCGAUCGUAUGUAAUCAGCAUUCUAACUUUAAGCAAAUUGUUGAACCUGAACAAUUUGCGCAAUAUAGUCCAGAUGGAGGAUGCAACGAGCCAUGUUAUUCUUUGCUUUCUUGCGGACACGCGUGUGCUUACAAGUGUCAUUCAGAUGAUCCUGAACAUAUUGGAAUUAACUGUCAAAAACUUUGUUCAAAAUUACAUUUGGAAUGUAAUCACCCAUGUCAAAAUCUUUGUUUUGAAGAUUGCGGAAGAUGUAAAUUUUCCAUAGGUGACAUUACGUUACCGGAUUGUGGUCACGUGUUAAAAAACGCCAAAUUUCAUUGCGAGCAUUCAGAAGUCGUUCACUGCUUUGAAUCUACUGAUAAUGUUAAGUGUAGUAAGAAAUGUGGAAAAAUUUUGGAAUGUGGCCAUGCAUGUUUAAAUGAAUGUUUUAGGUGUCAAAAACUUUCGACUCCACAAGAUAAACCUGAAGACGAAGAGCAAACAGAAAAUAUUACCCCUAUUGAAAGGACAAAGCACGGAAAAUGUAAGCAGAUAUGUAAAAGAUUAUUAUUUUGUGGGCAUACAUGUGGACGACCUUGCCAUGAUGGGAACAUGUGUUCGCCGUGUAAUAAUAAAUGUACUGUAUUAUGUAAACACACAUCAUGUACUGUCAAGUGUCUAGAACCUUGUGUUGUUUGCGCAGAAAAAUGUUCAUGGGAAUGUGAACAUCAAGGAAAGUGCGAGUUGAGCUGCGGAGCUCCUUGUUACAGAUUACCUUGUGAUGAAAAAUGUAAUAAAAAAUUAGAAUGUGGGCAUAAAUGUGUUGGAGUUUGCGGAGAAAUUUGUCCUUCAAAAGAUUUUUGCGCUAUCUGUGCUCCUGAAAAGAUUAAAAAUCAAGUACCAGAUUUAAUUGAAAAUACUACGUUUUGUGAGGUAGAUUGGGAUAAGGAAAGGAUGAUCGUCCUUUCUUGUGGACAUACAUAUACCAUGACAACUAUGGAUAAUUAUAUGGAGAUGGAAAAUUAUUAUGAAGUUUCAAAGGAAGAAUGGGCAUCAGUUAAAAACCUCCCAACUUCACCAUCAAAUAUCAAAACAUGUCCAGAGUGUCGAGCACCAAUCAAAAACAUUAGGAGAUAUGGAAGAAUAAUAAACAAAUGUACCCUAGACAUACAAAACAAAAAAUUCUUAAUAAAAUAUGAUAGACAACUAAAAGAAAUUACCCAAGAAAUUAUUUCAAUUGAAGAAAAAAUGAAAUAUAAUCGAGAUCAAUUAAAAUUUGAUUUAAAUAGUUUGCCUGAAGUUGAUGUGAGACCAAGAGAAGUCGUAUUGAAAGAAUAUUGUGUUAUAAGCGAUGAAUUACCCGACAUCACACCUUUUCAAUAUUUUGAAAAUGUUAAAAAAUAUCAUGGAUUUGAAGAGAAUAGUGAAAAAGUUUGGACAACUCAUGUUGGAAAAUUAUUAAAAUAUUAUAAGAAAUUAACUUUUAUUCUUUGUGCUACACAAAGGCCACCUCAUAAAAAAGCUUUUGAAGCUGCCGUCUCAAGUUUAUACCGAACCAAAUUGGCAAAGAAAGAUGCUGAGAAGGAUUUAACAGUUGAAUUAUCAAACCUUAAAAUUCAAGAUCCUCCAAAUACCGAAACAUUAAUUUUACAAGAUGCAUUUUCUCAAAUAGGAAUUUCAAUACCACAAGUAGAUCAUCGAAUUUAUUUGGACACGCUUUUUGAAAUGAUCAACAUACAAAAAAUUCAAUUCCAUGAAGUUUUAUUUAUAAUUCAAGAAAUUUCAAAGGUAUCAAUUAAUACAACAAUCGAAAAUUCCGUAAAUAUUAAAGAUGUUUGGAAAAAAUUUGCCGAAAGAUUACAAACUUCUAUUCGAAACCAUCUAAUUACCUUUAAGGGCGUAGCAGAAUCUACCCAUUAUGGUAGACAUCUACUUUUAAUUAAUGUAGAAAUAUUGGAAUUUGAUCUCAAAAUGCUUAUGUAUCAAUUGAGAUAUCCACCUAAUGAAAGUGGAGUUGUUAAUAAAGUACUUCGAACGAAAAUUAUAGAGAAUUGUGUAAGGAUUAAGGAAAGUAUUGCAUAUAUAUUUAAAAGUGAUGGAUAUAAUAAUGCUGAGGAGACCCUCAAGAGCGGCAUUCAUGUGAGGUUAGAAAAUUUAUCGAAAAAUUGUGACGAAGUUGUAAUUUGUGCCGAGAAUCUAAGCAAAACUUUAAGUAUUGAAGAAAAAUUAGACGUUCAUCGCGCCAUGAAAACAGAAUUUCAAAGUUCAGGUAUGGAUGUUAAUUAUGAAUGUGGUAGGGCUAUGGAAACGAGUAGAUGUCCGGAUUGUAAUGCGGAAAUUGGAGGAGCAAGUCAUAAUUUAAUUGAUGGAAAUAGAGUAAAUGAAGAAUUUAAUUAUAUGUAA